UGCAGUCCAUUCUGGAGGUUCCAGUCUUGCAUUUCACUGUUUGUGUCUGUGUAUAUGGAGGAGUGAGAAGAUGAUGUGUAGGAUCUCCUGCUCCCUGGUGCCAUUAAGUGUAGCCCUCACUUUGCAGCCAGGAAGGUCUUCGUGCAUCUCCCUACAAAAGAUUUUAGAGUAGUGAGGUUCUGAAGUGGCCUUGGCCAUACUUGGCCAAGCUCCAGAGCAGUACUGGAAGCAGAACACCAACCUACUUCUGAGCAGACAGGUACUAACCUGAGAGGGGUUCUGUGGUAUGAAACCUUCUAGCACAAGAAAUGUGAUGGGACCCAGAGGCCCCUUCCAGCCCCAGUAAUCACCGUAGUGAACACAGAAUUCUCAGGAUUCAGAAUUUUCGGAUUGGAAAUGAAUGCACAGUUGUGUAAGAAAAACUCAGAGAUGGGAGGGGUGGAUUAUAUGGGGCUUUGUCCUCACCAUUGCUCUCUCCACCUCUCCAAAAGGGAUCCUUUUGCCAUCCACCGGCAGCACAUGAACCGCAUGCUGUCUGGGAGUUUUGGGUUCGGGCCACUCCUUGGCAUCACGGAUGGGACCACACCUGGGGCUCGCCAGGCUGGCCGCAGGAUGCAGGCGGGAGCUGUUUCACCCUUUGGGAUGCUCGGCAUGGCAGGUGGCUUUAUAGAUAUGUUUGGGAUGAUGAAUGACAUGAUUGGAAACAUGGAGCAUAUGACAAGUGGUGCUAACUGCCAGACAUUUACCUCCUCAACUGUCAUCUCUUAUUCCAACCUGGGUGAUGGGCCCAAAGUCUAUCAGGAGACCUCAGAGAUGCGUUCAGCACCUGGUGGGAUCCGUGAGACAAGACGAACCGUAAGGGACUCGGACAGUGGCUUGGAACAGAUGUCGAUUGGGCACCACAUCAGGGAGAGGGCCCACAUCAUGCAGCGGUCCCGGAACCAUCGCACAGGCGACCAGGAGGAGAGGCAGGACUACAUCAACAUGGAUGAAAGUGACGCAGCCGCAUUUGACGACGAGUGGCGGCGAGAGACGUCCCGGUUUCGGACGCAGCGGGGCCUGGAGUACCGGCGUCACGAAGGCAGCACUGGCCGGCGGGCCGAAGGAACUCGUCUCGCCAUCCAGGGCCCUGAGGAUUCCCCUUCCAGACAGUCCCGCCGGUAUGACUGGUGAACUCGGAGCAGACCUGAGGGGGGUGCAGUGAGGCCACCCCCAAAUUUACGUACAUGCUCUUGUACAGACAGUGAAACUCUGAAGCCCCUUCAAAGCACCAUUUGGACCCUCCUCAAAUUUAGUAUUAACCUCCCUCCCACUUAAGAAUUAAAACAAAGCAACUAAUCUUCUUCAUUGCUCUUUUUCACCCCAUUUGGGUGCUGCAGUGGGGCAUGGGGAAUCUCACUGAUGUGCAAGGAACACAUUAAUUGCCCAUUCCCUCUUUGCUGUCCCUUGGCUCUGUUUCUGCCAGUAGUGCUGGGCAUGAGGAGCUGCCACCUUGCCUCUACCAUCCUUUCCACUCUUUCUGUGCUGGGUUGGGCUGGUUCUGAAGUUUGUGUUUAGUCCCCUGUGAAAGGAAUAUGAGGGAAUUCUGCUAGAACCCCCUGUCAGUCCCCUCACCGGGACGGAGACUUUGAUUCCCCUGCUGCUCCUUGGUGCAUCUGUGGAGAAAUAGAAGGAUAUGUGCAUUGGAGAAGGGAGGAGCAGAACAAAAGCUGGAUCAGCCUGUGGGCCCCCCGACCCCUCUUCAAUCAGUUCCCCCACUUUUUUAAUUUGUGAAACUUGUAACUAGAUGUUUACUGAAUAAAGAAACAAACUGUAAAGAA